AUGGACUGGUAUUCAUGGCUCUCAAAAACUAAUCUGCAUCCAACUUUUGUCUAUGAAUAUGGUCUAGUUUUCACUCAAAAUCAGCUUCGACAAGAGGAUUUAGCCUAUUUUAACCAUGAAUUUCUCCAAAGCGUUGGCAUCUGUAUAGCCAAACACAGACUGGAAAUUCUCAAGCUUGCAAUGAAGGAAUUAAAGGGAAGCCUAAAUGGCUUUUCCAGGUUUAUUCUUGCAAUAAACAAAACCAAAAGGCUCCUCUCCAAGAAUUUUGGAAAAUGGGGUUUUCUUCAAAAAGAAUCAAGCCAAAUACCCAUUUCACAGCUCACUCCUUACAGAAUUCAAUGGCCUGAUAUGGAGAAGAAACUGAAAUCAGGGCCUUUGGACAGAAGAGGGCAAGAAAAGUCGAGGCUGACAAGCAGAAGUCUGAGUAUAUCUGGGCCUUUAGAUGGCAAGAUGCAUGCAAAUUGUAGCCCAAUUGUUACCAGGCCCAUAUAUGGAAGGGGGAAAGAGAGGAUGGGCUUUUUGUGUAGAAGCCCAACUGUAUCUGGUCCUAUAGAUGGAUGGGCUUUGAGCCCAAAAGUUAGAUACUGUGAUAAGGGAAAGAUUGGGGGUGAACAUGAUGGGGAUCAGUCACUAUGGUCCAUAAUGUUUCAAGAUAUGAAACCAACUUGA